CCAUCUGCUUGCUGUCGGUGCCAUCACGGAACAACACACGUUAUCACGAUCUCAUCGCAGGUGGUUGUGUUUGGGCUGGAAGAGAGUACUGUGCGUUCUUCGAGAAUGUGGUGCAGUCGUAAUUAGAUCUAAUUGUAAAACGACACGCAAGCUUCCUAGCUCUCUGCCUUUGCCUCACUGUCAGUAGUGCAUCUUUAAUGUGUGCGUGUUCCGCGUAUUUUCGUACCUGUCAUCUCGUUAUCAUUCGCUGCUUCCCGUAAAGUCCGCCGUGAGAAUAUUAGCCUAUCCCCACGAUGAGUUACGCCAACUGCAAGAGUUCCUGUACCGCUGGACUGGUCGGUUUGAGCCUGGCCGGCUUCCUGCUGUCCCUGUACACCUCGUACGUGGAGAUCCGAGUCGAGCGGGACCAUAGCUACCAAGCGAUGUGUGACAUCAGCGAAAGAGUUAGCUGCACCAAAGUUUUCUCAUCGGCCUAUGGACGCGGGUUCGGCAUCGUCGGCGAUCUGCUUGGAGACGACUCACCGCUAAACGUCCCGAAUGGCUUCUACGGCAUUUUCUACUACUUUCUGGUGGCCGGGCUGGCCUUCAGCAACAGCAUUCUGGUGACGAAGCUAGCCAGCUACCUGAUCGCGCUAUCGAACCUGUUGUCGAUCUAUCUUGCCUAUCUGCUCUACUUCGUCCUGGAGGAUCUCUGCCUGGUUUGCGUGGCGACGUAUGGUGUGAACCUGAUCAGUCUGAUAGUGGCCCUCCAGAAGGUGCAGAUUUUGGACCAGGAGGAGCAAGUUAUGAGAGUAAUGAAGAAGGAUCAGUAGUGAAUGCACGGGGGGUGGAUAUUUGAAUGUUUUGACCUGUACGCUUUGUUAUUGAAGCCAAACACGAAUUAUUGCGAAGAUGUUUACUAGUUUACCUAUACGUAACGAAAUGUAUCUGUUUUAUUGAU